GUUCUCUCUCUUUCACUUGCACUCGGACUUGGACUUGCACGGGUGUCGGACAAUAUAAUUUGAUGAAUUGAUUUUUAUUGUAAGUUAAUCACAGUAAUGAUGUUGUUAUAGUGCGUUAAAUCGUUGUGCUAAGUGUGUGACGACCAUGGGCUACGACAUCGGAUGGAUCAUCCCGCGGCUACGAAAUCCUGGACGACUGUGGACUUGUGCGAGCUCUAUCACUGUGGCUGUGGUCGGUUUAUUUAGCAAGAUUAUCAUAGAGUUCCUGAACAAGACGACAGUAUACAACCGGGAGGCGCUGUGCCGCGCCGUGUCGCACCGGCCGCGGGGGGUGCCGCUGCUCACGGUCUCCAACCACCACUCGUGCUUCGACGACCCUGGGCUAUGGGGCGUGCUGGACUGCAUGGGGCUGAUGCGGCGCUCGCGCAUGCGCUGGUCGCUGGCGGCGCACGACAUCUGCUUCACGAACGCGCUGCACUCGUGCUUCUUCGCACUCGGCAAGUGCGUGCCCGUCGUCAGGGGCGCCGGGGUGCACCAGCCCGCGAUAGAUUUCUGCGUGGAGCGCCUAUCGCUGGGCGAGUGGGUGCAUAUCUUCCCGGAAGGGCGCGUGAACGUGGAGAAGGAGCACAUCCGCUUCAAGUGGGGCGUGGGGCGGCUCGUGGCGGAGGCUGCGCGUGCGCCGCUCAUCGUGCCGGUGUGGCACGAGGGGCUCGACCAGGUGCUGCCCAACCAGGAGCCCUACCUGCUCAAGUUCAGGAAACGAGUGUUCCUGCACGUCGGCGAGCCGAUACAGAUCUCGCAUUUGCUUGAACGGUUAAGAAGUAGCAACGCGUCGGAGGAGGAGACGCGCAAGGCGAUCACGGACCGCAUCCAGGACGAGCUGCUGCGGCUGCGCGAGCGCACGCACGCGCUCAUCCGGCGCGCCGCGCCCGCGCACGCGCCGCGCCUGCUGCCGCGCCGCGCCGCCGAGCUGCACAAGCCCGGCCUCGCCAACGGGAAGGACGCCGACUCCGAGCGGGAGCGGGAGUAGCCGGGGGUUCCGUGCCGUUCCGAGGUCAACAUAACCAAUUGUGAAGGAGGAAUCGAACAGAGAACUCGACGGAAGAAACCCGUCUCUUCUAGAAUUGAACGUCGCUCAGCAACGUUUCAUUUCAUAGAUUUGAUAAAAUGUUUUUAUAGAUGUUCGUUUAAAACUUAUUUAUUUAUCUGAACGACUUCCGCUUCCGAGAGACGUUUCGUGUACAGACUCCGCACUGUGAACAUAUCCCGCUCGACGAGAGUCGAACUAGUGUAAUUAUAAAUAGUGAAUCCGAGUGUAAGCUAAGUGUGUGUGUAAGGUAAGGUGUCGUGUCGUCCGUGUAAAUAUGCCGAGAGGAGACAUCGUUCGCAAUUCUUUACACUUUGUUAAAUUAUGUACAAACUUUUAUAAGGGCGCUCGUGGCGUCCGCCCGCAUGUAAUUUUUAUACCAAAUUUCGAACUAUUUUUUACACAUUUUACAUAGUUCAUAUCGUUUACACCCCGUAGGCUAAUGAGAUGUGCGUGCCGGCCGCCAGCGACGUCCCCGCGUGUUGUCCGACAUUAUAAUAAUCCACAAUAAUAAUAAGUAAUGUUUAUAUUCAGUUUUUGAUAGAAGUGUCCGCGGCGGCCGCCAGCGAGCGCGGCGUGCCAUACUCUGUGAUGUCAGCUAACGCACAAUUUUUAUCUAUUUCACUUUUUUAUAAUGCGUAGCAUUUUUAAAUCCAUUUUUUGUAUUGCAUCUUUUCGAAUGAUUGAAAAUCUGCCUUUAAAAGGGUUGACACGAACUCCAUCCAGUUUGUGUCGUUAUGUAUUAUUUUACGAUAAGUAUAGACUCCCGCGCGCGCCCGCGUCUUCGUUCGCGUGUCGACCGGUGGUGAUCCCAGCUAAUCGAUGUGUGUAAUAUAUCGAGUGUAGAAUCAAACGAAGCGAUAUUAUUUUUACCCGUUAUUAUUAUGAAGUCUUCCUGUUAUGUGGCGGCCCGCGGCCGGAACUAAGACCUUCUUUAUUUUAAUUUCUUUGUCUAAAAUAAAGUUACAAUUUUUUACUAUAAACCUAAACUUUAUACUUUCUUCUAGUAAAUGCUUAUUCAAGAAAUUGUUAUACAUUCGACAAGGAAGUUAAAGGAAUUGAGAUUUCACGUAAGAUUUUGAAUCAUGUAUCCAAUUUCCAAUAAUUAAAUUAUAUGCAUAGCAUAUUCGCAGGUAGGGUUGGUCUUACACAAUAUAAUUAAACUUGUUAAGGUUCUGGGUAUUUGUUUAGUUCUCCCAGAGGGAAGCGAGGCCGCGGGCCGCUCUUGUUGUGUGAUGUGCUGUAACAUGUAACACUCGCCGAAUGUUUGCGCGUGUGCGUCAGAUCGGUUCGUAAAUAUAACUUGAUGGACAAGG